CGUGGACAUCAUCAAUCGAGACAACACUAUAUCAAUUGAUCAAAUUCUGAAUGUCUAAUAUCUAAUCCUGCAUCUCCAACAUAACGACAAAAAUUAAUUGGUGUCACUUCACACUAUGGAAUCAGAAAAGAUAUUACUCCUCGGCGCAACGGGAGGCUCUGGGAUAGCUUUUAUUGAAGAAUCCCUCGCCCUACCUCAUCCACCCCAUUUAACCCUCUACCUCCGCAACCCAUCUAAACUCCCGCCUAAAUUCCACUCCCACGUCAACAUCUCCAUCGUCACAGGCACCCUAUCCGAUUUCGACGCCCUCGCCUCAACCAUGAAAACCCACGCUAUCACUACCGUAGUCUCCUUCCUCGGCGCAUACGUCUCCCUCACAGCAGUCUUCACCCGUCCAACCCAUAUCACGCCCAUCGCUGAUUCCUUCACCGCGAUUAUGCGCGCCAUGGCGGCGAAUUCGGUACCACGGCUCCUCGUCCUGUCUACCCCCGCCUACUGGGUUGACGGCCGUGACGUGGAUAGUAGCUGGAAACUCUCACUGUUCGGGCUCUUCCCCAAGAUAUUUGCCCCGCAGGGUUCUGCAGAGAUGAAGCGUAUCGCUGAGAAUGUUGUAAACUUCCACUCUCCCUCCUCCUCGAAUGAAAAUGGCCUAGAAUGGACGGUUUUCAGAAUCCCGGCUCUGACGGAUGGGUCUGGCGAUCUGCCAGUUUGGGCGGGAUACGCUGGGCCAGAGUAUAAAGGGGGACUAUAUCUUUCGCGAGCGAGUUUGGCGAGAUGGGUGUUGGGGG